ACUGACAACGCUAUUUAUGCUUUUCCACCACAUGCUGAGCCGAGAGUUGAUGAAAGAAGAGCUUCGACAAAGACUUGCGGAAGGAUUUUAGAAAUGUCGUCAGUCAUGGACUCGAACCUGUUGUUGUCGUUGUCAUCUUCUUCUUCGUUGCCAACCUCAUCAGCAGCAGCAGGAACUCAGCAAGAUGCUUCAGCCAAGAAUGACAGCAGUGUUCCUCAGAGCCCUCUAGAACACAUAUCCACUAAAGAACUAUGGUCAGAAAAUGCGAGCCCAGUGGGUGACAGACUGCUGUCCACAGAUGAGCAGGUGACUCUGAUCACUGAGAGUCUUACAGUCACCUCCACUGACCAGGAGAAACUGCUCCUGCUCAACAAGAACACCGAGCUCCGCAGAGUGAACAAAGAGCUGAUGAAGCUUAACGAGGACUGGGACCAGGUAUACCGAAGCGCCACACUGGGUCUACAGCGGAGGCUGCAGGCUUUGGAGCUGGAAAACAGUGCCAUUAAACAGCUGAACAGCCAACUGCUCCUCAAAGUUGAUCAACAACAAAGUGCGAAGGAGUAUUAUGAACAGGCGCUGAUGACAGAGCUGAAGAAAAACCAGGAGUUGCAAGAGUAUGUCAGGUUAUUGGAGAGCAGGAUGCACCACCCAGAGAAAGACAUCUCAUCUGUCAAGCAGGGAACCUUUAGUGCCGGAUUAUGUCCCACCAGUGGUCAUAUUUCCAGAUACACCCCCUCGUCCUCCUUCCUAGCUACUCCCAUCUCAGAGGCAAGAUAUAAGGAAACAAAUCCAAUUAUUACCUCUCUGGGAAGUCUGGGAAACUCAAAGCAAGAAGUAAAAGAUUUAAAAGAGCAACUGGAUGCACUUAGAUGUCAGACUGAAAUCUAUGAAGCAGAAUAUCAGACAGAACACAACGACCACAAGCACACACUGCAGGAGAACCGGAGGCUCAGGAAAAAGAGGGAGGAGAUGCGUCAACAGGUGGCGCUACUCCAGGAACAGCUCAAGAUUUACGAAGAUGACUUCAGGCGGGAGCGAUCUGACAAACAGAUGCUGCAGCGACUGUUGUCGCAGAAAACAUCCCAAAACAAGGACGCUGUGCUUGUCCACCGCUGCAAUAAUGAGCAGCAGCUGCAGGAGGGAGAAAAACGAGCACCAAGUGGGGAGAAAGGAAAGCAGCACCACCCACUCUGCCCAAAGCACCCCAACAGGGACAAAGAGUCCAGCUGAAGGACCAGCAAAAGAUAAAACAAUGGGCUUAUCAAUGAAGACUGAUGUUGAUUGGUUUCCUAACCAGUGGUUGUUUUAGGCUAGCAAGAUGAGAAUCCUGACUUAUGAAAAAACUAAGCUAAUUUCUUGGAACUCAUUUUUUUGUACUUAAUACAUGUAUGUAUUUUCUUGAAUAUCUGUCAAGUUUGUUCCUUUUUAACAUAUGUUUAUUACCGCUUUACUCUGACUUUAUUAGUGAGAGAAUAUUUUAUCAGAACAAUGCCUAUAGAUUUAUUUUUUUGUUUUUUUUAAUCAUUUUUGCACUUUGUGAUUGAAGUUUUCUUUCAAACUCCCACAAAAUACCUUCAGAGUUCAAUGGGCAUGCACUAUAAUUUGUAGUGUCAUUAUAAACAUAGUUUAGUAGUCUUUCUAAAUUUAAUAAGUUCAUGUUGACUGAAAGUUUUAAUGCCAUGCUUGCUGUUUCUUGGCUGAACCUAAAUCCCUGAUCUGUAUCAGAGAAGAAGUGACCUCUUUGCAUGUUUUACCGCAUAUGGAUCAUGUAACAGAAGGAAAUAUAUAUGUGCCUUGCAAAAGUGUUAAAACCACCUAAACCUUUUUUACAUAUUUUGUAAUGUUGCAACCACAAACUUCAGUCUUUUUUCUUGAGAUUUUAUGUGAUAGGGCAAUAGAAAGUAGUGCAUAAUUGUGAAGCUGAAAGAAGUUACAUGUUUCACAAUUUUUUGCAAGUUAAAAUCUGGUGUGCAUUAAUAUUUAGCUCCCCUGAAUUAAUACUUUGUAGAAGCCCCUUUUGUUGCAGUUGCAUAUGUUUUGGGGUAUAUAUCUAUCCGCCUUGCAUAUGUAGUGUUUACCCGUUCUUUUUUGCACAGUUGCUCAAAUGUGGUGAGACUGUGCAGGGAACAUUCAUGAACAUCAAUUUUCAAGUCUUGUCACAGAUUCUCAACUGGAUUGACUGGGACAUUCUUACACAGUAGCUUCUCUAAUGUUACUGUGGGGCCUAUGCUGCCUCUCUGCUCUCCUUUCCUGGUCUGCCAGUUCUGGUUUUCUUGGUAGAUUUGCAGUUGUGCCACAUUCUUUCAGUUUUCCUUCAUGUCAUGAUACUGUUUGGGCAGUGAUGUUCUAUAUAAUAAAUUCACAAGACCUUAACACAGAAUGAAUUCAGAGAAUAAAUUACACAGAUUUUGACCCUGUUUACUAAUUACAUGGCUUCUGAGAGAAAUUUGUGUAAUUACAUUUUUUAAGUUAUUUUAGAUAGAACAAAUAUACUUCCAUCUUAUGUUAUUAGUUGUAAUUAAUUUAAUUUGUUUAAAACAGCCAUAAUAUUCUGUUAUUUUUCACAUAUUGAAAAUGCAGCUGAUGCAUCUGCAGGAUUUCUUUUAUUUAUUUACUUUUUUUUUACAGACCUUGUACCUUGAAGAAUGACAGUAGCACAAUAUGAGGUAAUGUUAACACCAUUAGACAUUAUAUUCAAAGGGAUAGCACUGUAAAAUCUGACAGGAAAAUUAAAAGAAAAAACAUGCUUCUAGUUUUUUAAUUAAAUAAACAUAAUUCAUUCUAAAGCUUGA